AUGGAGAAGUCAGUGAAUUCUGGAACGGAAGAAUUCGGGAAUCAGACUCAAAGAGUUGAAAUUUGGGAUGAUUUUGUUAUAAUUUCUUCGCUUCUGGUUAGGGUUUUCAGUUCUGACCGUGAUCGUGGUCUGACAAUAGCGAAAGACUCUGGCUUUUUGAUUCAUAUGAGAUUCUGUUUCGAUGUAUUGUUUAUUUCUGUUCUGUUUCUCUUCUAUAGCAUGGACUUUAAGACCUUGACUGUUCGUAGUCAUACACGAGUUGGAGGACGAGGAGGAGGAUCUGCAAAAAGCAAUGCUGUUUGUUAUUAUUGGAAAGAGGGGAAGUGUAACAGAAAUCCCUGUAGGUUUCUGCACUCAGAUUCACUGGCCCCGAAUGUUUACCAUAGAACUUUGAAGCAGUCUCAAGAUGCAAAGGUCCAACUAAAGAAGACUAUAGGAGCAAUAAGAAGCGAUAAGAGCAGCCCCAGUUUUGGUCACGAGGACUUGCCAAGGAAGUUCCCCAGCUAUACAGCUAAAAAAUCCUUUGUUUUGAAAGGUGUAAACAAUCAGGAGAGCUCCUAUCCUCGUACUGAGGAUCCAAGUAAGAAGUGCCUUGACCAAAAGGAUGUGUUGGUUUCAUCCACCAGAGGCAGUGGAUCUGAUUAUGGAAUUACUCAGAAUUGGUAUGAUUCUACCACUGAGGCAGUGGGUCUAAAGAGGCCAAGAGUUCAGAAGAAGUGCACUGAAGAUAGCCCUGACCAUAAGGAGAGCUCCUAUCCUGGUACCGAGGAUCUAAGGAGGAAGCACCCUAACCCUAUGGCUGCGUUGGUUUCAUCUACCGGAGGUGGUGGAUCUGACGAUGGAAUUACUCAGAAUUGCUAUGUUUCUGUCACUGAGGCAGUGGGUCUAAAGAGGGUAAGAGUGCAGAAGAAGUACACUGAAGAUAGCCCCAAGGAUACAGUGGUUUUGACCACUGAAGAUUCUGUGUCCAAAGUUGAAAUUCCUCAGAAGGACCAACUAAAGGCUUGUGAGCAAUGGAUGUUGGGCAGUUGUGUUGAAGGCAAGCGGUGCCAGUUCUUGCAUUCAUGGUUUCAUGGGGUAGGGUUUUUUAUGCUGGCAAAGCUCAGCGGGCACAUUGAGGCUGUCUCAGGAAUUGCGCUUCCUUCAGGAUCUGAUAAACUUUAUUCGGGCAGCACUGAUGGAACAGUACGCAUUUGGGAUUGCCAUACUGGUCAAUCUGUCAGGGUGAUGAAUCUUGGUGACGAUAUUGGGUCUUUAAUCAGUGUGGGCUCAUGGGUUUUUGUUGGCAUGCCAAAUGUUGUUAAGGCAUGGAACAUUCAGACAGCAGCUGACUUUAGUCUUAAUGAGCCGGUUGGGCAAGUUUAUGCAAUGGCUGCUGCUCGCAAUAUGCUCUGUGCAGGGGCGCAGAAUGGUGUUAUUUUAGUUUGGAAAGGCAGUACAGAGAAGGCAAAUCCUUUUCAAUUGGCCACAUCUUUGGAGGGCCAUACAGGUGCUGUGAAUUGUUUGGCUGUUGGAGCUAAGUGGCUAUACUCUGGUUCUGCAGACAGUACAAUAAGGGUGUGGGACCUUGAUACUUUACAGUGCAUUCGUACACUGAAUGGGCAUGCUGAUGCUGUGAUGUCCCUUGUUUGCUGGAAUCAGUAUCUCCUGUCAUGUUCAUUGGAUCGAACAAUAAAAGUGUGGUUUGCCUCUGAUGGGAGCAGUUUCGAAGUGACCUAUACACAUGAUGAGGACCAUGGUGCUGUUGCUCUCUGUGGAGUAAAUGAUGCAGAAACCAAACCAGUUUUGUUAUGCUCUUGCAAUGACAAUUCUGUCCACCUAUAUGAGCUACCAUCAUUCAGUGAGAGGGGCAGGAUAUUUUCAAAACAAGUAGUCAGAACAAUUCAAGUAGGUCCAGAUGGCCUAUUUUUCACUGGGGAUGGAACUGGUUUGCUGAGCGUGUGGAAAUGGGCUGAACACAGAGAGGCUUCCUAA